CCACUGCUUCGAAGAAGCCUGCACGGGAUACUGUCAACGCUACUACCAGGCAUGCUGAUAUGCUCGAGAUCCUUUAUUCCGAUCACGGCCAUGGGAGUUCAAAUAAGAACGGCUCGAUUGAUGCCUUGGAUCCGCAGCUCGACCGCCAAGCCAAUCGGUUGGACCCGAGAAUCUCGGAAUGAUCAACUCCAAACCUACCAAGUUACCGUCACGUACGACACGAGUAGCUGCAGUAAUUCCACGGAUGAGGAAUCCGCACCAUUGUCGUUCACAACAACCACCGUAUCCUUGCCGUUUAUUGAGCAGGUUGGAUCACUCGCCAGUUCGCUGUGGCCCGCCGCCUUGGCGGGAGCCAUCCUCGUGAAAUCUCCCACUAUACAGCAGCAGUUUGCAAGAAGGAAAACACCACCACCGCCAACAACAACAGACGAGCAUCCGUACCAGCCACGCGUUGUGGAAUUGGGAGCCGGCUUGGGAUUGUUGGGGAGGACCCUGCGUGAAUCUGCUGCGGCACCUCAAGUGACCUGUACCGACCAAGACGUGGCCGCGAUUGAUCUCUUGCGGACCCCUAUCAGGAGUCCAGGUAUGAAUAUGGUGGAAGGCAAUUGUCGCCACGUGUUUGAUGCUACACAAGCUAUGGUACUGGAUUGGAGGGACGAAGAACUCCCCGAUACCUUGGAACCCAAUUCCUUCGAUGGAGUUUUUGGUACCGACGUGGCCUACUACAGUUUUCUAGUGCAGCCGUUGCUGGAUACAGCUAGGGCCUUACAAAGACCUUCAAACUCUGUGUUUAAUGUUAUCGGUCAAGCCAACCGACAAUCGCUGUGGGAUCUGCUGCACACUAUUCGGGAUGGAGGUUAUAGUCAACGCACGGAUCAGCGUGAACCGGCAUGGGAUGGGAUUACAACAAUGAAUCUCUAUCGACUCGAAAUGGAACUCUGGCAAGAUGACUCCGAUGAAUCGGGCAAUCCAGCCACACUGGAUGAGAGUAUCUCUAUUGCCGCUUUGCUCCAUACGACAUCAGGGCUAGACCUACCAGCUCUGACGGAUCAAGACUAUGUCGCUACGGCGCGUGAUGAGGAGUCCAUUGAGAAGUCCUUUUGA